AUGGCUUACAAUCAGAAGAUGGCUUUCUGCGACGGCCUCGCCAAGAUCGCAGAGAGCGUCACUCUGUCAGACUUCACCAUCACUUGCCAGGGAAAGAAGUGGCCGGUCCACCGAGUGGUGCUGUCGCUACACUCAUCAGUGCUCGGUAGGGCUUGCAAUGGCGAGUUCAAGCAAGAAGCAUCUGAGAAGACUCACGAUCUAUCCGCACACGAACUUGACCAUGUCGAGGCGCUGAUCCAGUACAUGUACACUUUCUCGUACAAUGGCCCGCGACAAGAUCCCCCGAUAGUCCCGCCAACCUUCCACGGCAGCAUCGCCUUACUGGCAGACAAGUACGAUAUAGUCGGUCUCCAAGAGCUUUCGAAUGACAAGCUUCGCCGCGCCCUGUUCCAGAAAAUCUUUGACGAGGAUCUCGCCAACAUCAUCAUCAUGGCCUACGAGGCGGAGCUAGCCACCAAGGCCAUUCGCAAGACCAUUGUCCGGCACAUCGUCACUCAAGGCCUACUCGGAGGUACUAGCGAGAUCGAGAAAGCUCUCAUUGAGAUCAUGGCUCAAUGUCCAAAAUUCGCAGUGGAGGUCCUGCAGAAACAGGUGGCGUUUUCCAAGGAGCUUUUGGUAGAAGCCAAGCAGCCUCUGUGGAAAUGUCCGGAGUGCAUGAACUUCUUCAGAGAAUACAUAGCACGAGACACGGCCCGUUGCGAGUGUCCGCACUGCGGCGAUCCACACACAGGCCGUGGUUGGUUCCAAUAUGCGGUGACGGAGGCAGUUGACGACCCCGAUGUCUAG